AUGGAAGUAAUUUUGAGUGAACGUGGGAAAGAACUAAUUCUUUAUAAAAAUUAUAAAUUUUCAUGUAAAAAUCUUACUAAAAAUGGACGUAAGUGGCGGUGUACAAAAAAAACUUGUAACGCUAAAUUGUAUGUUGACGAGGUUAAAACUACAAUAUUAAAAGAAGAAACUGAACACAAUCAUCUCCCUCCUAAAAACGUUCAACGACAAAUUAUAUCAAAUCAAGUUAAUAGAAAAGCUAUGAAUGAUUUAAUAGAAAAGCCGUUAAAAUUAAUUAACAAACAAAUAUUUACUGAAAAAUCAACAAAUGAUCUCAAAAUUGAAGACAUAUCAAAUAUAAGACAAAAUUUAUAUAGAGCAAGAAGAAAAUCUAUACCAAAAUUACCCAAGAAUUUGCGAGAAACUCAGGAAAUAAUAAUGUCCACAACAACACUUGCAAAUAGAAAUGAAGAAUUUUAUUAA